AUGUCUACUCCUAUGCAUCCUUCCUCUAGUUUAGACAAAGAUGAAAAAGGAAUAACUACUUCUGAAAAAGAAUAUCGUGGUAUGAUUGGAUCUUUACUUUAUUUAACUGCAAGUCGUCCUGACAUUGUAUUCUCAGUUGGACUUUGUGCUAGAUUCCAAACAGAUCCCAAGGAAUCUCAUCUUACUGCUGUAAAGCGUAUUCUCAGAUAUCUUAUUGGUACAACUAACAUUGGUCUUUGGUACAAAAGAAGUUCAGAAUUUGAUUUAAAAGCAUUUUGUGAUGCUUACUAUGCUGGAGACAAAGUAGAAAGAAAAAGUACUAGUGGUGCAUGUCAAAUCCUAGGAGAUUCUCUUACAACAUGGUCAUGUAAAAAACAAAGUACUAUUGCACUCUCCACAACCGAAGCUGAAUAUGUGUCAGCAGCUAACUGUUGUUCACAGAUCAUUUGGAUAAAAAAUCAAUUGGAAGACUACUCUCUAAACUACUCCAAGGUACCUAUUUAUUGUGAUAAUACUAGUGCUAUAAAUUUAUAA